GGGUUACGCAGCAGCCGCCGCCAGCACUGACAGCGCCUGGCAGAAGCGGUUUGCCCGAGCGCUCCCGGAGCAUCUCCAGAGGCGCGGCGGCAGCGCCUGCCCGGUUCACUGGGGUAGCCGGCCCAAAACCGGGCGCCGGGGCCACGACCAGACAAGGGCUGAGAGUCAAGGACCAGGCAAAUACCUAGAAUAAUACUAAUACUACUGCUAAUAAUAAUAAAGAGUGUGGGCAGGAAAAGGAGGUCUCGGGGGGAAGCAGAGGGAGAGAAGAAGGCGCACCCCCGAGGACGGGCCCGGGCAAGGGGCAGGACCGGCUCCUCACUGGGGCUACCGGCACACCCCGUGCCCCGGGGCGGCCGUCGGGGCGGCAGCAGCACGUGGAAGCGGCGGGGCAUGGCCUCCGCGGGGGCUCCUGCGGCCUGAGCCACCCCCACCGCCGGCACCAUGGCGGCCGCCGCCGACACUGGCCUCGACGUGGCGGCGGUGGAAAGUUUCCUAGAGAGGCACCCGGAGCUGGUGGAGAAGUGGCUGAAGAGGAAGAACUCGCUUCCUAAAGCGCCCUCGGUACCCGCCGCCGGCCCGUCGGAGGAGCGCCGAAGCAGCUGCGGCCCCAGCGGCGGCUGGGGCAGUGCAGGCGGCCCCGGCGUCCUCCAGCGCCGAGCCUCUCAGAUGGAGCUGCGGAAGAGCUUCGCCCGCUCCAAGGCCAUCCAUGUCAACCUUACCUACGACGAGCAUGUGCACGCCCGGGCGCAGGAGCCGCUGAGCAGCGUACGGCGGCGGGCGCUGCUACGGAAGGCCAGUUCCUUGCCCCCCACCACCGCGCACAUCCUCAGCGCCCUGCUGGAGUCCCGCAUCAGCCUGCCCCAGUACCCCCCCACUGCCCUGGACUACAAGCGCUACCUCAAGGAGCAUAACGAGCGCCAGUUCUUCCUGGAGCUGGUCAAGGACAUCUCCAACGACCUGGACCUCACUAGCCUCAGCUACAAGAUCCUCAUCUUCGUCUGCCUCAUGGUAGACGCCGACCGGGGCUCCCUCUUCCUCGUGGAGGGGGCCGCCGCCGGCAAGAAGAGUUUAGUCUCCAAGUUCUUCGACGUGCACGCCGGCACCCCGCUGCUGCCCUGCGGCUCCACCGAGAACAGCAACGAGGUGCAGGUGCCCUGGGGUAAGGGCAUCAUCGGCUACGUGGCGGAGCACGGAGAGACCGUCAACAUCCCCGACGCCUACCAGGAUCGACGCUUUAAUGACGAGAUUGACAAACUGACUGGAUACAAGACAAAGUCACUUUUGUGCAUGCCCAUAAGAAACAGUGAUGGAGAGAUUAUUGGUGUUGCCCAAGCAAUUAAUAAGACUCCUGGAGGUGCCCCUUUUUCUGAUGAUGAUGAAAAAGUGAUGCAGAUGUAUCUCCCUUUCUGUGGGAUUGCCAUAUCCAAUGCCCAGCUAUUUGCAGCAUCAAGGAAGGAGUAUGACAGAAGCAGGGCUUUACUAGAAGUAGUGAAUGACCUCUUUGAGGAACAGACUGACUUGGAGAAAAUUGUCAAGAAAAUCAUGCAUCGGGCCCAGACUCUUCUGAAGUGUGAACGAUGCUCAGUAUUGCUAUUGGAAGAUAUCGAAUCACCAGUGGUGAAAUUUACAAAAUCCUUUGAGUUGUUAUCUCCAAAAUGCAAUGCUGAUGCUGACAACAGUUUCAAGGACAGCGUGGAGAAAUCAUCGUCUUAUUCUGACUGGCUAAUAAAUAAUAGCAUUGCUGAACUCGUAGCGUCCACAGGUCUCCCUGUGAACAUCAGUGAUGCCUAUCAGGAUCCUCGCUUUGAUGCUGAAGCUGACCAGAUUUCUGGGUUUCAUAUACGGUCUGUUCUGUGUGUUCCUAUAUGGAACAGCAGCCACCAAAUAAUUGGGGUAGCUCAAGUGUUGAACAGGCUUGAUGGGAAACCCUUUGAUGAUGCUGACCAGCGACUGUUUGAAGCUUUUGUUAUUUUUUGUGGCCUGGGCAUCAACAACACAAUUAUGUAUGACCAAGUGAAGAAAUCCUGGGCAAAACAGUCUGUGGCUCUUGACGUGUUAUCUUAUCAUGCAACAUGUUCAAGGGCAGAAGUUGACAAAUUUAAGGCAGCAAACAUCCCUCUGGUGUCAGAGCUUGGGAUUGAUGACAUUCAUUUUGAUGACUUCUCGCUGGAUGUGGAUGCCAUGAUUACGGCAGCCCUGCGGAUGUUCAUGGAACUUGGAAUGGUUCAGAAAUUUAAAAUUGACUAUGAGACGCUGUGUAGGUGGCUUUUGACUGUUAGGAAGAAUUAUCGAAUGGUUUUGUACCACAACUGGAGGCAUGCCUUCAACGUCUGCCAGCUAAUGUUUGCCAUGUUAACUACUGCAGGAUUUCAGGAGAUUCUAACUGAAAUUGAAAUUCUAGCUUUGAUUGUGGGAUGCUUAUGUCACGACCUUGACCACAGGGGAACCAACAAUGCCUUCCAAGCCAAGAGUGGAUCAGCCUUAGCUCAGCUCUACGGCACCUCUGCUACCUUGGAACACCACCACUUCAAUCAUGCUGUCAUGAUUCUCCAAAGUGAGGGUCACAACAUCUUUGCUAACUUGUCCUCUAAGGACUACAGUGACCUUAUGCAGCUUCUAAAGCAGUCGAUAUUGGCAACAGACCUCACUCUGUAUUUUGAGAGAAGGACCGAGUUUUUUGAACUUGUCAGAAAGGGUGGUUAUGACUGGAAGACAAAAAACCACCGAGAAAUAUUUCGAUCAAUGCUAAUGACAGCCUGUGACCUUGGAGCUGUGACCAAACCGUGGGAGAUUUCAAGACAGGCAACUGAGCUGGUAACCAGCGAGUUCUUUGAACAAGGAGACAGAGAAAGAUCUGAACUGAAACUCACCCCUUCAGCCAUUUUUGAUCGGAACAGGAAAGAUGAACUACCCAGGUUGCAGCUCGAGUGGAUUGAUAGCAUCUGCAUGCCAUUGUAUGAGAGUCUGGUGAAGCUGAAUGUGAAACUAAAGCCUAUGCUGGACUCCAUGGUGGUUAACAGAGUAUCUUUGCUAUUGUGGGUCAAAAUUCAGAAACUGCUGACUAAUGUUACGGUUCUGUUCCUCCAUCACAAGGAAGAAAAUGAAAGAGCACUGCUAGAUCUUUAUCAAAUUGUUCUCAGGCAAACCGAAGCAACCCUACUGAAACCAGGGGGCACAGUACUGCACCUCAGAACAGCAUUUGGUCUCUGAAAGUGAAAGAGCUCAAUCUUAAAAAAACAACCAACAACAAAAAAAAAAGCUCUUAUACUUUUUUCUUUAACACCUAGUUAGGGAAUUGGCAACAGACUUGCAUUUUUGUGAGACAAAGAGGAUUCUUUGUGGAAGCAUGCAGUAUAGUAAAGAAACAUAUUCCAGGUUUCUCAUGUUUUAAGAUGGUGAAAACCACUUUUUAGCUGGCGCUUACAAGCUUCGUAGACAGAAAUUAUAUCUGCUUUUCAUUAUUUCUGAUAGGGAAACAUUUCUCAGUACUCCAGUCAGUUCUGCCAAACUCUUCCAGAAUGUGCACAGGAGAUGACUCUCUAGGCUAUUAAAUAGGCAUUAUCUGUCUUUUACUCAUUUCUCUUCCCACUGCACAAGGGGAGAUCAAAACCCAUUGAGAUCGGCUUAGUUCUGGGAGUGCACAUAAAGCACAGGUCCACCAGAGGUGAGGGCAAAUUAGAGGGCAUGAGCAGAAGAGGACAGAGAACCCACUGUUACCCGGGACAAUGCUAACGUUGCUUGGCCUUUCCCUGGAGGUGCCCAACACAUCUGGUCUGCCUCAGCAAAAAACAAGUCAUCACUUUUUUGCCCCAGCAGUUAGUGGAAAUUUGGCCUUGAAUGAGGGCUCUAGCGUUUACAAUUAAAGUGCUAAACUGUGGUGAACAUGUGGAUCAUCUAUAGGGUCGUAAGGCCUUGAUUCUCCCCUAGUUUUGCUUCGAGCUGGUUCAACAGCAAUGUUUCUAGGUGUUCUACUGACUAGUGCUAACAGCAGCCUGAAUUCAGUCAGGUUUCUUGUCUCCUGAAUCACAGGCUGUGCAGUCUCACAGAGGCCAGCCAGCAGCCCUUACUUUAUCAGCAGAACAUGCUCAGGAGAAAACCUGGGUUUUCAUCCCCAUCCUCAAAGAUAGUUCAGGUCACACAGUAAUUCCACUCAGGAUUCCCACCUGUGAGACCGCUUAACAAAAAUUUUCCUCGCCAUAAAAAAGGAAAGCUUUUAUUUUCCUGUGUAAGUGCCCUAGCAUUACAUAGGAUAAUUGGGAAGGAGCCUUACAUUCAAAUCCUACUUGAAUCUGGAGGAGAUUUCAAACUGCAGCUGCACAUUCCCCACCAAUCUGUGGGGAGUCACAAGGGUGGGCUUGUCUCCUGCCCUCCUCCAUAAGCCCCUUACAUGUGCCCAGCGAGGAGACAGGAUGCCUGCUGGGUACAGCCCAAGCUCCUGCUUCACUCCUGGGAGAUGCACAGAUCUGACAGACUUUGGUAGAAGAGCUCAGGAGGGGCUUGUAUGUACAUCCUGCUGGAAUGAAAUGCUCCCCUGCAACACAACACUGUGACCCCACCAGAAAAACAGAAAAGCUAACACUGUCCAAGGCAAGGAGCCCUGGGGUAGAGGCUCUCCUACUGUGGUUCAGAUGGAAGGAUUUCCUACCUCCCGAGAACAAGAAGUGGAAGAGGUAUCCUUGGCCAUACUUUGAGUAGUAAAAUCAGACAAUUUCCCUACCUACAGGCAAAACAGAACAGCUUCAUAAUGUGAUCGAGAUGGAGACAUUUGCUUCUUUCUGUCAGGAGGCAGGUUGGCUCCUGCUCCAAAGCAGACUCGCACUUAACAUGGCCAGACAGCAGCAGCACACAGAAGUUUAAGCUGGAUGCCUCAGGUGUCAACUGGACACUGAACUCCCCAUACAGCGCUGUUGCGCCAGUCGCUACUGCACUGAGGAGGUCGUUAGUAUGGUUUGUGCCCUGCAGAAAACAACCACAGAGUAAACGAGUAUGUUUCAUUUUAGCUCAGGUAUUCCUGCAGAUGGUGCCCUUGGUACAGCACUGCACUUUUCUGGACUGGUGACCUUCCUAACUGCCCCCUCUUAUAGUGCACUGCAAUCUCAUAACGUGCCUGUAGUUAUCAUCAAAGCCAAUACUAGUACUCACAAACUACUUUUGAAAACUGCAACCAGCAGUGCCUAAUGCAACUUGUAAUAUUUAGAUGAAUUAAUCCUGGUGGGAAAAUAGGCGUGUUUCAGCCGACACGCCAAAUACUUAUUUUCCCUUCAUAAAAUUAAAACGAUUUUAGUUACUGGUAGAACAUUUAUGCAUUGAGUGACAUUUUAGAACAGGUUUAUUUCAAGGUUAGGUAAAACAUACUAAUGGACACUUCCAAUGCUUAGAGUUCUCGGCAAGAAAAUGUAGUGCAAGAAGAUUUCUAUUGGCUUUAACAAAGAAACCGAAGAUUUUAAGAGUAAAAUCAUGUGAAUGGUUUCUAAUAUAACAAUGAAGUGGGAGGUAUAAAUCAGCUGAAAUGAGACUCCAGAGAUUUCCGUCACUUGAAUGUGCCAGGAUUGGAAUACAUCGCAUAUAUUGCUCAUUACCUUUUCUUUCUUAGAUUACUUUCUAUUUAAUUACCCAUUUACAAGCAUGUUGGUCACUUGUGUGGGGAAUACAAGCUCUGAACCUUUGCCUAUGGGAAACAACUGACACACACAGAGAAAUACCGUGUGUAUGUUCUAAUGCAAGUGAACCCUAUGUACUUUCCAAAUGUGUAACUUCAGACUUCUGGAUCCUUUUUCUUUUUUGCAUUUUAAGACCACUGUUUUGCUUUAGUAGAUCAAACAAUGCUGAUUCAGCUUUUUAGAGCAUGUUUUUGAAAUUAACAACUCAAUUUUAUUGGUCUCUCUAAAAAAAGAAUAAUAAAUCAUUUUAAUGGUUUGCUGUGA